GUGGUACAGAGCAUCAGGGAGGGUGUGAGACACACACACACACACGUCUUUGCUCUACACUCCAGCAGCCUCCGCCCGCGGCACUUCCUGAUACCGGGACGAGGUGUACCAACAUGGCAGCCUGUGUGCGGAGAGAAAGCGGAGCCAUGGUGGAGCGCACACCGGCAGCUCCCUCACGGGCAGCCCUGCUUCUUAUAGCAGUAGUGCUGUGGGUGCCCGGGGAGUGCAGAGGUGCCCAGGCUGAGAGCGGGGUGAGAGCUGUCACUUCCACUAACUGGUCGGCACUGCUGGAGGGGGAGUGGAUGAUUAAAUUUUAUGCUCCUUGGUGUCCAGCCUGCCAGCAAAUUCAGUCAGCGUGGGAGAGUUUUGCAGAGAGGAGCCAUGCACUUGGUGUAAAGGUUGGCAAAGUAGAUGUCACUGAAGAACCAGGCCUGAGUGGACGUUUUUUUGUUACAACGCUUCCAACAAUAUUUCACGCCAAGGAUGGAGUAUUUCGUAGAUAUCAUGGCUCAAGAAUGGUGGAAGACCUUCAGACCUUCAUCUCAGAAAAGAAGUGGGAGGUUAUUGAGCCAGUGGCUGGGUGGAGAUCCCCAUCAUCCAUUCUGAUGUCUGGGAUGGCAAGUCUUUUUCAGCUGUCAGGAUGGAUGCGGCAACUUCACAACUACUUUACAGGACCUCUGGGAAUUCCAGCUUGGGGCUCCUACGUCAUCUUUGUUGUGGCCACAUUGUUUAUCGGCCUUCUACUGGGAUUGAUAUUGGUGUUAAUAGUUGAUUGCUUUUGUCCAUCAAAAGCAAAGUAUGAAGUGAUAAGAGAAGAAGUAAACGAAGAAGAUUUGGCAAAUGUAGAGGCAGACCCAAAAGUCUUACCUAUGGAAAAGGAAGCAGAUAAUGCUGCCAAUGAAGAAGGCAGUGACAAUGACAAUGAAGAAGAAAAUGGAGAAGAAAUUAGCAAUAGCAGUGAAGAUGACAGCGAAAAAGAAAAUAGCAAUGAAGAUGAUAGCGAAGACAGCAAUGAAGAUGAUGAUGAAGAUGUAAGUGAUGGUGAUGCAAACAACGCCCAGAAUGUUGCCAAGGAUUCUGAUGAGGAUUCUGCUGUUGCUGGGUCUGAAGCGGAAGAAGACAACAUCACUGAAAUGGCACCACAAAGCCCGCCAGAAUCUGAAAGUGCCUUGAGACAGCGCAGAAGCGAGGCCACAGUGGAUAACGGACACUAGACCUGACCAUUCAGAUGUCUUCAUGGACCAAAGAUGUGUGUAGACUAUUUCUUGCUCAAUGUCAUUUGAAGCAUGUUAUAGCUAUAUUUUGCAUGGAUAGCUGUCCUUGUAAGACAGCAUUUUCACAAAAUCUAGUGCCAGGCAGGCAUUUUUUUUGCAGUUUUUAUUUAAAAAAAA